CCUACCCGUAAUGAUUCCACCAUCUGCAACAACCUCUGUCGGCGAUGCUGCGCUCCUGCCAAGCUUGCCUUCUCAGGAAAUCUGGAGGUCACAAGUUCCAGGCUAUUCUGGAUCGGUCACGCAGCACCUAAGUCAUCGGGCCAAUAACUUCAAGAGACACCCAAAAAGGAGAAAACACAUCCGCCCUUCACCACCACCACCGCCAAAUACUCCGUGUCCUAUUGAUUUGAUUGACUUUGGGGAUCUCCAGCCUCAGAGGUCUUUCCUAGAACUCCUCUUUAAUGGGUGUGUUCUCUUUGGGCUGGAGUUCAGCUAUGCCAUGGAAACAGCCUAUGUUACCCCGGUGCUGCUUCAGAUGGGGCUUCCAGACCAACUGUACGGAAUGGUGUGGUUCAUCAGCCCUAUACUAGGGUUCUUGCUGCAGCCUUUGCUGGGAGCCUGGAGUGACAGAUGCACAUCGAGAUUCGGGAGGAGACGACCUUUCAUUCUGGUCUUAGCAGUAGGAGCACUGCUUGGGCUCUCGCUUAUGCUGAACGGCAAAGAUAUAGGGACUGCCUUGUCUGACACUGCGAAUAACCACAAAUGGGGAAUCAUUCUUACGAUCUGUGGUGUUGUCCUCAUGGACUUCAGUGCAGAUUCAGCAGACAAUCCCAGUCAUGCCUACAUGAUGGACGUAUGCAGCCCAGUGGAUCAAGACAGGGGCCUCAACAUCCACGCUUUGUUAGCAGGUCUUGGAGGUGGCUUUGGUUAUGUUGUUGGAGGAAUACACUGGGAUAAAACCAGUUUUGGAAAAGCUGUGGGAGGGCAGCUUCGCGUCAUCUAUGUCUUCACCUCAGUUAUACUGACUAUCACUACUGUGCUGACUCUGAUUAGCAUUCCAGAAAGACCCUUAAGGUCCUUUAGCAGGAAGAAAAAGGUGAUGAAGAGUCCAAGUCUUCCUCUCCCUCCUUCUCCACCUCUCUUCUUUGAGGAGGGUGUAAAUGAAAACGUUGCUUCUCAUAACUCAGCUCACUUAUAUGCAAGUUUUACAAGUCCCGUUUCCCCCCUCAGCCCACUCACACCCAAAUAUGGCAGUUUUGUCAGUAGAGACAGUUCUUUGACAGGGAUUAAUGAGUUUGCAUCAUCAUUUGGGACUUCAAAUAUUGACAGUGUGCUUAUAGACUGUUUUACAGGCGGGCACAAUAGUUACUUAGCACUGCCAGCUAGCUUGCCCAGGCAGCCUGUCAGUGUCAGCUUUCCUCGGGUGCCUGAUGGCUGUUACCAAGGAGAAAAUGGAGUUCCUGAGCAAGGGGAGAGCAGCACAACGCCGGGGCCUGAUGGCGAGGCGCUAAGGGUGGGCUCGCUGGAUGCGGUAAAGCCGCGGUCGUCAGGGAUCCUGAAAAGACCUCAGACCUUGGCCAUUCCAGAUUCCGUAACAGGACACUGUCCAGAAAAUAGCAGAAGAAGAAAUGUAACCUUCAGUCAGCAGGUUGCUAAUAUCUUGCUGAAUGGUGUUAAAUACGAGAGCGAGCUGAAUGGAUCAGGUGAGACCUCGGAGCAACCACUCUCUGUGAAACUUCUCUGUUCGACUAUCUGCCGGAUGCCCAAGGCUCUUCGUAACCUCUGCAUCAACCACUUCCUAGGAUGGCUUUCGUUCGAGGGGAUGUUACUCUUCUAUACCGACUUCAUGGGAGAAGUAGUGUUUCAAGGGAAUCCGAAAGCACCUCACAACUCAGAUGAGUAUCAGAAGUACAACGCAGGGGUCACGAUGGGCUGCUGGGGAAUGUGCAUCUAUGCAUUCAGUGCUGCUUUCUAUUCAG